AUGCGCUUCUCCUUGGCUCUGCCACUGGCCUUGGCCGCCCAAGCUCUUGCCGGUCCUACUUUUUACCUCUAUGCCUAUGGAGAGGGUAUCAAUGGGUUGGAAGUCAUCAAUUCUGGCGACCGUGCCUAUCUUGGAAAUACCAAAGAUGCUCCUGACCAGGGGGCAAUGCAGCUUGACUGGUAUGAAUGGGGAGAUGAGCACGGUAUCUGGUAUGCAACCCGCCGCGACGGGGGCGAUUUCUCAGACUGGGCCUACUAUCUCCCAGGAGCAGGUUCCUCCUCCACCCAGACACGCUUCACGUCAUAUAGCCAGAUGCCCAAGGACGUCAGGGCGACUGGAUUCGUGCUGGAUGGCGACCGGGCCUUUUACGAGGAGGGUGGCAAGCGCCUCUCAAACUGGUUUGCGCUCCCCGUCGAGGGCAAGAAGGGCUUGUAUACUGUGGAGUGGGGCACUGGUAGCGUAAAGGGCAAGAUUGAUAUUACUUUGAGCAAGAAGGCACCUUGA